AUGGGUUCUAGAAUGCCUAAAUCGAUCAUGGGGACAGCCAGAUCACGACACCCCCAUGCAAUUGUGGGUGGAACCACCUGGAACGCUUCCCAGUGUGAUUCAAAGGUGUUUGGGCUGGCCCGUGGUGUAUCCUUCAGCAAACCAACCAAUUUGAACCCGCAAUGUUUCCGCUUUGCGCUCUUUCACCAGUAUCCCAAGAUGGCUGCCAAAAACUGUAAUGUUCCACCUGCGAUAGUCGUUCAAUCACUCGAUGCCCAAUCUGCCGAGGCAGGGUUAAUAGUUAUAGAGUCUGCAGUCGAUGAGUCGGGCCAGGGCCCAAAAACUCGUGCUCAUGCUCAUUAUAAGAGGCUCCAUCCCUCCGACGCAAACCCCGAGGAGUCUUUUUCGAGAUUACUUGAGGAUUCUUCUUUGGCCAGAGUCAGCCAACACCUUGACGAUCUCCACGAGGCUUUCCAGGAACUGAAGGUUGGCCGCGAUACCUGUCGGCCGUUCUGGCAUGCGCUCAUUCGCCGCGAAACAACAGUCAAACUAUUUGUGACGUUCUUAGACCUUGACAAACAGCCCGAUCUGAAAGAGCGAUUCAUCCACCUUGCUUUCUUUCACCAGUAUCUAAAGUUGGCUGCUGCAAACCUUAAUGUUCCACUUGCGAUAGUCGUUCAAUCACUCAAUGCCCAAUCUGCCGAGGCAGGGUUGAUAGUUAUAGAGUCUGCAGUCGAUGAGUCGGGCCAGGACCCAAAAACUCGUGCUUAUGCUCUUUAUAAGAGGCUCCAUCCCUCCGACGCAAACCCCGAGGACUCUUUUUUGAGAUUACUUGAAGAUUCUUCUUUGGCCAGAGUCACCCAACACCUUGACGAUCUCCACGAGGCUUUCCAGGAAGUGAAGGUUGGCCGCGACACCUGUCGGUUGCUCUGGCAUAUGCUCAUUUGCCGCGAAAUAUCCAUCAAACAAUUUGUGAUGAUGUUAGGCCUAGACAAACAGCCCGAUCUGAAAGAGCGAUCCAUCCGCCUUGCUUUUUUUCACCAGUAUCCAAAGUUGGUUGCCGAAAACCGUAAUGUUCCACCUGCGAUAGUUGUUCAAUCACUCGAUGCCCAAUCCGCCGAGGCAGGGUUAGUUUUGAUGCAGCCUCGAGUCAAUCAGUCGCCACAAGACCUGAUUCUGCCAAACCAAACCACCGACUUGUGCGAAUAUUAUUGUCGAGCUUUGGCCGCCAUCUUCCAAGUGGUUGCCGAUUUUUUUAAUUCACAAUCCACCGACCGAUCUGAGGUAGAGCGGCUGGAGGCAUGGAAUGAAUACGCAUCCUUCGAGUCUGCUACAACACCAUUCACGUCUGAGGUGUUCAAAAAAAUGGGAACACUUCCAGCGGCAAGUCUCUCCGAUUCUCAGAACAAACUCGUGGUGGCGGUCAAGAAUAUGCAGAAAAGCACAGAGUUUAUUGCGAACCCAGACUUGAAGGUUUUGCUCGCACUGGACGAAGCCCGAGCAACACUCCUACUGGAAGAGAAGCCCAGCCAGGUUUCUUUUUUCCGCAGGCUUCGUACGGCGUUAAACAACAUACCGCCAUCCCAUAACUUCUUUGCAACAGUUACGGAUACCAGCCCGGCCAUCGCACACUUCAGUCCUAAUGCGCAAGACGAUCCUAGCAACAGGCCCUCCACUCAAUCUUACAAUCUGUACCCGCCGAUCUAUGACAUCGGCACAUUUGAUUCAAUGGUCCCGUCCCAACCACCCAGUACUUGGGAAGAAUUGGAAUCACCAGCCCGACUUUUUAGCUACGGCGUUCCUUUUUUUGGCCAAUGGGUUCGAAGCUCACAUAAACAUAAGAUCCCUGAGUCGAGGUUUACAAGCGAUCUUACCACAAUAGCUCUAAAAAAGCUUCUUUGCUGCUCAAUCAUUCCUGACUCAACGCAGCUAAGCAAUGCACAAAAGUUCGCAUUACUGGGCUCUACCCUCCAACCAAAAUUGAUCGAAACAGCCGCUCUGAAUUCCCAGUUAAUCUCGAGCCAUGCCGCUACGUGCCUGUACAUAAGUCCGGACCGCGACAGAAUCAUCAGUCAAUACCCUUCUCAAUUCAUUUAUUCCACGGCAGCAAGCGGGUUCCUUGCCUCCAAUGACGCAAACUUAAUUGCCUGCAUCGAAGCUCUAACUCAUACCUUUCGUCAAGGACUCAUCUCCACUGCAGAAGCUGGCGAGCUUGUCAGCAGCAUCCAUGAGCCUUGGCAAGGAUUCUUCAAAACACCAAACCCCUUAAGUUCGAGACAUAGCACAAGCCCAGCGCUCUCAGUCUGGCUGCUGUGUUUUUUGUUUUUUUUGUUUUUUGCAGUGAUGAUGCGCCUCCUGCUAGUGCUCCUCGCCCUGCUCCGCCCGGCCAGCGCCCUCUGGCCCCUCCCCCAGCACCUCGAGCAGCAGCACACCGCCGUCCGCCUGGCCGCCAACCUCUCCAUCCACCUCCCAGGAGACCACCCAGCCCCACCCGACAUCCACCAGGCCAUCGCCGCCACCCUCGCCCUCAUCCGCAAUGACCGCCACCAGCCGAUGGCCGUCGACAGGGGGGACGCACUCUACCACGCACUCGCCCAGCCCACCCACGCCCACCAGCUCAGCCUGCUGACCAUCCACCUCGCCCCACCACCCGCACUGCCCACCGCCUGUCCCCAGCAACAGCCAGCCGCCGCCGCAGACCUGCUCUGUGCCCACCCAUUCACCAACGCGAGCUACCCGCCACCCGCCCAUGCCGCCCCCAGCAUCCUCGCCGAGAUGCAGCAGCCGCUCCAGACGCGCUCCGAGGCCUACGAGCUCACCAUCCACAGGCCCGGCCAGCACGCCCAGGAGGAGUACGCCGCCGUGCUCUCCGCCUCCUCCGCCCUCGGCGUCCUCCGCGGCCUGCAGACCUUCGCCCAACUCGUCUACACCCUCACCCCGCCCCACCCCCACGACCCGAGCGCCCCGCGCAAGCAGCAGCCUCUCGGAGGGGGGGCCCCUGGACAGCCAGCAGGAGGAGCGCCGAUCCGCUUCCUCUACGGCCCGCUGCUCAUCAAGGACCGGCCUGCGUUCCCCUACAGGGGCCUGCUCCUGGACACCAGUCGGAACUUCUACUCCCUGGCAAGCAUCAGGAAGACGAUCGAGACGAUGAGCUGGGCCAAGCUCAACCUCCUCCACUGGCACAUCGUCGACGCCCAGUCCUGGCCCCUCCACCUCCCCGCCCAUCCCCAGCUGAGCCGGCACGGCGCGUACGCCGCCCACCAGACCUACUCGCUCGAGGACCUCAAGGAACUCGCCCGGUUCGCCAACGCCAGAGGCGUCGAGAUCUUGCUCGAGGUCGACACCCCCGGACAUACCGCUGUCGUCGGCGAAGCGUAUCCCGACCUGGUCGCCUGCAAGGACAAGACGCCCUGGUCGAACUACGCCGCCGAGCCCCCCGCCGGCCAGCUCCGGAUCGCCGACGAGCGCGCGCUCGCCUUGGUCAACGAGAUCUUCGCGACGCUGACCACCCAAGUGCCGGGCACGCUGUUCUCGAGCGGGGGGGACGAAGUGAACAAGCGCUGCUACGAGGAAGACGGGCCGACGCAGACCAGGCUCCGCCAACAGAACCAGACGCUGUCGCAAGCAUUAGCGAGCUUUGUCCAAGCGACCCAUGCGACGAUCAGGCGGGCGGGAAAGGUGCCAGUCGUCUGGGAGGAACUGGUCCUCGACGAAGCCAUCCCGUUACCGGUCGACCACACCCUCGUCGCCGUCUGGCGGAACUCGUCGAUGGUCGAGAAAGUCGUCCAGAAGGGAUACUCGAUCAUCCAUGGCGCCAGCGAUUACUCCUACCUCGAUUGUGGUCUCGGCGGAUGGCUCGGGAACUCAGUCAACGGCACCUCGUGGUGCGACCCAUACAAAACCUGGCAAAAGAUAUACUCCUUUGAUCCGUACAAGAACGUCGCGCCGGCCCAGCACCACCAAGUCCUAGGCGGUCAAGCGCUGCUAUGGUCGGAACAGACCGACGAACAGAACAUGGACGCGAUCAUCUGGCCGCGGGCGUUGGCGACCGCAGAGGUCUAUUGGACAGGCAACACCGGCCGGGCCCGGUCCGUGACCGAGGCGCUUCCGCGGAUGCACGACAUGAGGUACCGCAUCGUCCAGCGCGGCGUACGCGCCGCCCCUCUCCAGCCCCAUUGGUGCGCCGUCAGACCCGGGCUAUGCGACCUCCCCGCUGGCACGCAAGAAAAUUAA